GAACAGUCAACUACUGGUCAAUCUCAGCUUUACCAUCCUAACCAUACGAGACGGGAGAUCCAAGACAAGGGCUGAUCCGUGCAGGUCGGCAACUUGCGUGCACCUCGAACCCGCGGUCUAUAAGAGGAACUAGACCUGCUGUGAUGCUUGAGGGCUAUUGAGCGCUCUAUCAAGCAUUCCCGGUAGCCAACCCUGCUGCCUUUCACCAUGUCUGUCCCUCCGUCAGGCGUUGGGCCACCGAGCUAUCAUUUGAAACUCUCCAGCACGACGGUCAUGGAUACGACAUAUGUUGAUACAGCUACUAGCAGGCCAGUGUUUGCCACGAUCACUCGAGCAGGCGUGACCACUCUCUAUCGCUUCGGGGGAAGAGAUGGGAUCGAGGAUGUAGGGGAAAUACGAUGGAACGGGGGUGCGAGGGGGGGUCAACUGGUCACUCUGCAUGGACAGACCGUCCCAUGUGAAGACUUCGUUCGAAAGUCGAAGGGUAUACUCGGAGGAGUUUCACACACGUUUGAAGCCGCCAGACAGCGCUGCAAGUGGAAGAGCGGCGAAACCAUCGGUUUCAUGCAUGAGACAUCUGGGUACCCCGGCAUGCGCGAAUGGCACUGUCGUUUAGUCGCUCAAUCCGCCUCGUCUACUGCUACUGCACUGUGUAGCCCGACGCAAUCAACAUCUGAUACGCUUCUGGCAAGGUUUGUGCCGCCGCAGCUCGGGCUUAUCAAAUCGGAGCUCUCCAUUUACCCCGCUGGGGCGGCGAUCAUCGAUGAAUUGCUCCUCACCUCCAUCAUGGUCGCUGCUGGAAAGUCGGAGUGGCGCACACGCGAGAGCCCAAGCAGCCGGACGCGCGAAAGCCUUGCUCGUGGGCGCGCCAGUGGGCUUCCGCUUUACCGGCUCCAACUCGCACCUGGUCACCAACGAGUGCGCUCUCUACCAAUGCCCAUGAUUCCAUUCGAUGGCGAUGAUGAUCCAGACUUGCCGCCGUAUCGGUCGACUCUGACGGUCAACAUGGAGGGUGCAGGCGUUGUUCCGUAUUCGUAUUCUCAGGCCAUUCGGGAGGAGUAGCGUGCAGCGCUCCUUGAACAGGACUAUAUUUAUCCGAACCCCUUGAUAUUCUGGGUUAUCAUCUUUUAAGGAUCUUUCUUCUCAGCUACUUACACUCGUUUAUCUCUUGUACAGAAGGACUCGGACUAUGCACUACACACACUAUACACCGAUUAAGCGACACUUCUUCCUAAUUUCACAUCUGAAUCGCACCGCUGAGGUGAAAUAUGGUUGUACUUACCAGAAUCUGGCAAUUUAUUCUUGCCUAGGACCCCCUCAAGUUGCUUUC